AUGCCGAAGAAUAAAGGGAAAGGUGGUAAAAAUCGUCGUCGGGGUAAGAAUGAAAAUGAAUCUGAAAAGAGAGAACUGGUAUUUAAAGAGGAUGGCCAAGAGUAUGCUCAGGUCAUCAAAAUGUUGGGAAAUGGACGAUUAGAAGCAAUGUGUUUUGAUGGUGUCAAGAGGUUAUGUCACAUCAGAGGAAAACUGCGGAAGAAGGUUUGGAUCAACACCUCAGACAUUAUAUUGGUCGGUCUGCGGGACUAUCAGGAUAACAAAGCGGAUGUGAUUUUAAAGUAUAAUGCAGAUGAAGCUAGGAGUUUGAAGGCCUAUGGAGAGCUUCCAGAACAUGCCAAGAUAAAUGAAACUGAUACAUUUGGCCCCGGAGAUGAUGAUGAAAUCCAGUUUGAUGAUAUUGGAGAUGAUGAUGAAGAUAUUGAUGAUAUCUAAACUGAACU